AUGGGAUUUUUAACUAUCUUGAAGAAACUCCGUCAAAAAGAAAAAGAAAUGCGUAUUCUUAUGUUGGGCUUAGAUAAUGCUGGUAAAACAACAAUUUUGAAACGUUUCAAUGGAGAGCCAAUAGAUACAAUAUCACCAACACUCGGUUUCAAUAUUAAAACGUUAGAACAUCGAGGAUAUAAGCUUAAUAUAUGGGAUGUUGGUGGGCAAAAGUCAUUGAGGUCAUAUUGGAAGAACUAUUUUGAAAGCACAGAUGGUGUAGCAUGGGUAGUUGAUAGUGCUGAUGCAAGACGGCUGGCAGACUGUGCUAAGGAGUUACACUCUCUGUUAAGAGAGGAGAGGUUAGCCGGGGCCACAUUGUUGGUCUUAGCUAAUAAAUCUGAUUUACCAGGAGCCUUAACUUCACAGGAGAUAAAAGAGGCUCUAGAUUUGGACAGCAUCAAGACUCACCACUGGCGUAUAAUUCGCUGCUCAGCUGUCACUGGGGAGAAUCUGCUUGAAGGCAUGGACUGGAUGUUGGACGACAUCGCUUCCAGGAUAUUCACUUUGGAU